AUGCUACUCGUGUUGCUGUUUAACAGCGGAAGACUUUGUAACGAUCGGAUCCAAGAAAUUGUGAAGGAAAUCCUCAUAAUCAGACUUGAUUUCGGGGAGGAAAUGGAGGAUGUCUGGGGUAUGAUCGGGGUUGUACUCAACCAUACUAGCCCAGGAAAUUCGAAUAAACAUGUGAUUUUCUCGCCUAUAAGAACGGCGGUAGAAGACGUUGAUAACGACGUGGAAAUCAUCCAAAACGAGCAAGUUAACAAAGAAAUGGAGGUAAUCGACAUUUCUGGUGAUAUCGAUGACCCAUCAAUUAUCUGGGAACGCUUUCCCGACUAUGUCAUUGAUAUCAACGACCCAGCGAUUAAUUGGGAACAUUACGAAAUUCCGCUCCAGAUACGAGCAGAGGAAAUUCAUACAGAUCCCAUGAGCGGAAACUCAUACUCAGGUAUCGACCAUUCUCCAAUAUUCUCAGCAGGGAAAGUUUAUUGA